UUCAUUGUUUACUUCAACAGCUUUUCACAAAAACCGAUAUGAAAUGGAAGCUGCAAAGGGAGCUAUGAAAGCUGUGGCCCUCAUCAUCGGAGAUAACAACGUCAGAGGUUCUCUUCAGUUUGUUCAGCACCCCAAUGGGACUACCCAUGUAACUGGUAGAAUAACAGGGCUUUCUGCAGGCCUUCAUGGGUUCCAUAUUCAUGCUUUUGGUGACACCACCAAUGGUUGCAACUCCACUGGUCCUCACUUCAAUCCACUCAAGAAGGAUCAUGGAGCUCCUACGGAUAAUGAGCGUCAUGCUGGUGAUUUGGGUAACAUUGUUGCAGGCCCUGAUGGAGUUGCUGAGAUUUCUGUCAGAGAUGGACAGAUUCCGCUAACUGGACUUCAUUCCAUACUUGGGAGGGCUGUUGUUGUGCAUGCUGAUCCUGAUGAUCUUGGAAAGGGUGGGCAUGAACUCAGCAAGACUACUGGGAAUGCAGGGGCAAGAGUAGCAUGUGGUAUCAUCGGGCUCCAGUCAUCUGUUUAGGAUAAUGGUCGCGACCGGAUUAAUUGAUUAAUCUAUGAACAGUGAAAAAUCUCCAAAAAAAAAAAGGAUGGUUUACCUACAAAUAAUUGAUAUGUUCAUAGAUGGUGUAUGCAAUGUCAUUUUAUAUCUUUAUGAAAUUACAAUCAUGCUGUAACUACUUUUAAAGCAACUAUACUGACAAGUUAUAAAGUUCUAGUACAUUGUUACAUAGUAAUCUUCUG